AUGGAAAUCGAUGAGCUCGGCGCCUGGCUCGAGACGCGUGCAACGUUGGGCGCCUGCACGCUCUGUACCAGACAUACACCACAGGCUUCAGCUAUUAAAGAGCAGACUGCACUCCCCGCCAUGGCUCCCCAGUUUUCCUUCAUCACUGUCUUCCACCGUAUCUACUGUCACCUCAGAAACAUCAUGAGUGACCUGCCCCCCAGUCCUGAAAAGUCCUGGCUCGACGGCUUCCAAACCACCCCCAAUACCUACCUCCCCUUCAACAUCGAUAGACUCACGGACGACUACAUCCACCGAGGCUGGCUUGCAUCUGACCUGCAAAUCAGCCUUCUCGAAUUCUUCAAGCAUAGGAAGGGCAUUAAGCACGAGUUCCUCAUCACUACCCUCACCAACUCUGCUACCGGAAAGAUGGCUGGAUAUAUCUUAGCCGAGCGGCAAGGAGUGCGCCCUGCUCAUGCUGAGAAUGAUCCCGCCUCAUCCACUCACAGCUUUAGCAGCAUCUCAAAGUCGUCCUCGGUGUCGUCUACUGCUGCUAAGGUACUCUCCACCAGUUCUACUGAAUUACCUGCUUCCAAUGUCUUCUAUCUGGGGCAAGACCAGAAAAUCAUGUUGACCUGUGCCAAACAUACUGUGAAAUCGGUUGUUGUCCGCCACAACCCAGUGUCGCAGAAAAACAGCACAGACUCCAUGCUGCUUGUCAUCCGGGUCAUCCGGAUCAUCCUCGACUUCAACACCUGUGACGAGCUCAUACACCAUGCCGGAAAACCAGUACUAAGCAGUUAG